AUGCUGCUUCCACAGUCCAGCCACGCACCAGUCCGGCUCGCGCUCGGUCCACAUGUGCCCAAACCGGUUGAAGAUACCACGGAGAGCAGCCAACCUGUCCGUCUGCUUCGUCACCUGAGUCUGGGUAUAAAGCUUCACGAUAUUUUCCCAAGUGUCACGCGAGUCCUCGAGGAGCAUGAAUCGUGCUUCCAAAGCUUGCUGCCGGUGGGCAUGAACAGACAUCUCAGAAAACGGAUCAUAAGGUCCUCGCCAGAUCCACGACGGAAAGGCUUCGCUGGCCAUUUGGCGAGGACAUUGCCAAACAAGCUGCUCGCCGAAAUAGACAGUACGAAUGGGCAGGACGCGCUCUUGGUGGCACCAUGCUCGUCUAAACAAGGGCGCAAGGCAGGCGAAGUGUUCAUACCGCUCCUCGUUAUCGUUGCGUUCAGUGGGAAGACGACGGGAUAUGAUGCACGGCGAAACGGCCAGAGGAUCUCUUUCCACCCGGAGGCCCACAGCCCGAUCCGCAAACAUCCCGGAGAGGUUCAGGCGCGCAUGGGUAGCCCGAGCGACUGCGGCGGCGUCCUUGUAGAUCUGUGGCAGGGUCUCAGUGGGUAUGGAAUCGUGGUAAAGGGCCUUGUUGGAGUCCAGAAAAACUCUGCACAAGUGACAGCCCGCCCCUGCCGACUCAUGAAGGUCGCGAAUGCUGAAGUCACGCAGGUGCCAAUCAUCUUCGUCUGCAAGCGCGGCGUCUUCCAGGUCCCAGAACCACGGCCCAGUCGUAGGGAAAACUGCUUGGCAAGCAUCACAGAGCUUGUUGAGCUGCCUGGGAGGGUAGCGAGACUUUAUGACGGGUUCCUCUGCCAUGGUAUUGUCGAUCGGUCCAUGGUUGAAGUGGGAAGAUGUUUUCAUGGUAUCGGUUGA